CGUGCUCACACGCCGCCGCGGAGAUAAAAAAUAUAAUGGGUCCGAAGCGCACUCACGUGAUAACGCCGGUUGCUGUUGUAACAAUCGUUUGAAUCCUUGGAUUCGCUUUUUCCGUACUUUCGUGUUUACCCAUCAACGGCCUUCCGAAGCCGAUUGUUGUGCGGUUUUGUUCUUCAGUGGACUUUGAAAACAACAGUCAUCUCUUGUACCGUUUUGCUCGAAAAACCCAUCCGUCAAAAAGAACCAUGAGUACCUUUGAAAUUACCCAGUCGUUGAACUGGUACAAAUCAAAUGUCAUGACUAUGGACCGAUGUGGAAACUUACUAGCAUAUGGUUCAAGAUCUAUUAUUGUCUUGGUUAAAGGCUUAGAAGGUAAUAGUGUCUAUGAUUUGCAAUACAAUCGUCUUAGAUUGAAUACAAAAUUAGCUUGUGGCCGUAUUGGUGCUGUAUCAUUUUCUCAUCCAACGGAUACCCAAGAAGAUGCAUAUUAUAUAGCAUCUAUUGACGAAGUUAAUAUUUACAUUUGGAAUAUAAAGACCAUGGUCUGUGAACACAUACAUUCUUUUGGAAAUAAAAAGAAUAAGAACAUUGUUUUGUUAGAUGUUGCUUGGUUGUACGGAAGUUCAACUGUAGUAGCAAUGUCUGAUGCAGGAACUUUACAUAAAUGGGAUAUUGAAGCAUUAACAAUGCGUAAUUUUACGUUAGAUGUUAAAGUGUCACCUUUGACAUUAGCUGCUUGUCCCCAUAAAACUAAUUUAAUUGCUAUAGGAUGUAAAAAUGGCCAUACUCUAGUAUAUGACUUAACUGGUGAUGGCCGUCUUUUACAUAAAUUGCAUUACCACGAAAGAAAUAUUGUUUCACUUGCUUGGUGUCCAGUUCCUUAUAAUCCAAUGAGUUCUGACCAAUCUACUCAGCCAUUAUUACUAGCAUCAACAGCCUGUGAUAGAACUGGUAUAUAUAUAUGUCGUGCUGGUUUAGAUAUGUUUCGGGAAGCUACAAUAUCAUUGCCUAUGCGACCAAUGAGAAAAACUAUUUUCAAAAAUAAAACAAAUUUAAUUUGGGGUUGUCUUAAAUGGAUAAAUCCUACUACAAUUAUUGUUACAUCAGCUUAUGGUGAAAUUAUUAAGAUUGAAUUACAACAAAAAAAGGAUACUGACCCAAUUAUUACUUUGAUUAGUGAUAAUCACAAGGAUGUAAUUUUUUCUUUGGCAUGUUCUUAUAAUUCAACUAAACCUUACUUAUGGUCAUCUUGUAUGGGAAGAAAACUAAUUCGAACACCAUUGUUUGAUACCACAGAAACAAGUGAAUUACCAUUAGAAGUACCAACACUCGGUGGUUUUGUAUACUGUUUUGCUCUUUCACCAGUUAAUUCAGCUGACUUUGCAUUUGGACUUGGUGAUGGAAGAAUUUAUUAUUGGAAUGUAUCUAAUAAAAGACAGUUAGAACUUAUUCCAUUAAGUUAUACAAUUGACUCAAAAGUUUUAUCUUUGGCAUUUCAUCCUCAAGAUGAAGGUUUAUUAGCAUUUGGUACUGGUGAUGGACGAGUUGGAAUUUUUAAUUUAACUAGAAAAAGAAACAAUGUAAAUUUAUUAAAAACAGUUCUUUCUCAUCCAGUUUAUCGUUUAUGUUGGGCACCCAUGCCAAAAGCUAAAAUACUCAAUGAUACUAAGCUUGCACUCUAUGCAGUUGGUAAUGGACAGAUUUUAAUUUAUAGUGAAAUGAAUCUUUGGAAAGAUCCAACUUAUGUUAAAGAGUAUGUACAGUUUAAUGAAAUUGAAGAUAAGCUUACAACACCUGUUAGGCGUAUUGAAAUGGCCUGGAAACCUGAUUAUGAUGUUGUUGCAUUAGGCAAUUCAAAUGGGAGCAUUUAUUUGUUAGAUGGAGACACAUUAGAACUUAAACAUACAGUAUAUGGUCAUGAACAAUCUGUUGAAUGUAUUGUUUGGCAUCCAGCCCAUGUAACUUGUGACUAUAGUGAGGAGUCUAAGUAUAAGAAUUAUUUUGCAUCAAGUUCUCACUGCAUAAGAGUUCAUCGACUAGAUGAAGGUGGUAAACCAAUAUUAGUGGUAGAAUUUAAAGGCCAUAAAGAAAAAAUAAAUGAACUAGCAUGGAAUCCUCAUCGAAAUUUAAUGCUUUUAAGUUGUUCUAAUGAUUUUACUGCUAAAGUUUGGGAUGUACAAAAAUGUACACUUAUUGGAGUUUAUUCAAAACAUUUAUGUACUGUUUUAUGUGGCAUGUUCUCGCCAUUAGAUUCUGAUAUAGUAUUUACGGGCUCUGCUGAUCACUCUGUUCAUGCAUGGCGAUUGUCAAAAGACUUACAUAAUGCAAUAACAGAUUUCAAAAAAAAUCAAGAAAAUCCUAAUAUCAUCAAGGAAAAAGUUGUUAUUAAAGAUGUAGACUGUUCUAGAAGUGUCAGAUCGAGACAACGCAGCAUGCAGAUAAAGGGCGAUCCCAGAGAGGAUAUGAAAAGACAAGCUUUAGUGGAUUUUACGUCAUCUCUUAACCUAACGAUAUGCAAUAAUGGUGACAGAUUAACGUUCGUGCGGAUAUACAGAGAUGAUAAUGCGUUGAAAAAAAAAUCUUCAAAUCAAAUUACUCCUUGUGUAAAUAAUAUAAAUAUGUGGGGCCAAAAUUUAGAAGGUUAUUUUUCUGAUGCAAUUAAAUCAAAAACAAUUAAUGAUUGGAUGAUAGCUGUAGCUCCAAGUAUUAGUCAUGAAUUAUGGUCAAAAAUGUGUGAUGUUUACGCAAUCCAACUAGAGGAUGUUGGAGAUGUUACAAAAGCAUCAACAUAUUUAGUAGCCAUAAAAAAGAUUAAAGAAGCAGCAAUGAUGCUACUUAAAAACAAUCUUUUCCGUGAAGCUUUAUCAGUUGUUAAAAGCCAAGAAAAACAAGAUGAUGAACUUGUAUUAGAAAUAACUAAAAAGUGGGCUGAAUAUAAUGUUCAUCAUGGACAUCCUAAAGAAGCUGCUCAUUGUUAUUUAAGUAUUGGUGAUGUACGAAAUGCUAUUUCUUGUCUAAUAAAAAUUAAACAAGUUAAUGAGUUAUUAUUAGCAGCCAAAUUGGCUAAAUACAUUGAUGAAGAAAUGGAAAAGUCAUUGGUUAUUAAUUUAUUGAAAACAGAAUAUUUUAGACAACAUAAAUGGCAUGAAGCUAGAGAACUUAUGAAAGAUCAUCCUAAACUUGACUACUUAAAUAUGUGGAUUAGUGUUCAUGAAAUAAUGUUUGAAUUAGAAACCAAAGUCACUCAUAUUAUAUUUAAAAAUUGGAUUUGCUCUUCAGUUAAUGAGGAAAAUUUUUCUAUAUUCAAUCAUAUUCUUGAGCAUGUAGAAUACAAACCUAAUUAUUACAAUCAACUAGUUACAACAGUGGAAUCAGAAUUCAUAUCGGAUACUGCACUUUUGAUGCCAAAGAUGACUGUUUUCAUAGCAGGACAAUUUUGCUUGAUAGCUUUAGAAUACAAAAAAACUGGAUUAUUCACGGUAGAAGCUCAAAAAUAUUUAAUUAAGUGUUUUGAGGUUGCAUACAACUAUGAAUCAACUUACACAGAUUCAAAAUCACAAUUCAAUAAACUACUUUCAAGAUUGAUUAUAUGGAUUUUCCCUAAAGGACCAUUGAUAGUGAAUUUAUUUGCAAAUUUCGAAUUAAAUGAAAACUAUAUGAAAACUAUUCGAUCUUAUAUAUGUUAUACUUGUUUGUCUUGGUUAAAACCUCUUUAUAAUAGUAUCAAUAAAAAAAUUAACUUAUCAAUCGAAGAAAAUGAUAUUAUUAUAAAUAAACUAGAAAACAAAACUUACGAUGAAAUUAUUAUUUUAACUCAUCAAUUUCGAGAAAUAUUUAAAAACUACAUACAUGAUUUAAUGGACCCUGAAACUUUAGACUAUUUUAAAGCCAAAAAUGAAAUUGAACGCAUCAACCAAUUAUUGACCACUACUGAUUCUUCUUCAAUUAGUAUUGGAGAUUCAAUUAACGAAGAGUCAAAUAGUUAUGUUGAGUCUAUUAGUAGCAUCAAUGAAAAUAUUGAAGAAAUUGCAAAUGCUAAUAUUUUAGGUAGUAAAAUAGAUUUGACUGUAAAAUCAGAUGUAAUUAAUGUUAAUUGCUUAACUGAAAAUUUAAAAGUAUGCAAUAUAGUUAAUGAUUCUAAUACCAAUGAAAAAGAAAAACUAGAUUCUGAUAAAUUUCUUCAAAACAAGGAAGUACUUAAUUGUCAAAAUAACAAUUUUAAUAAAAGUUGUGAUAUAACUUUUGAUAUUAUUAAUUCAACAAAAGUGGUAUCAAGCAUUGAAAAAAAUUCAUCAGAACUAAAUGGAUGUUCAAAUUUAAAUAAUUCAAAUGAAAAAGAAAGUGAAUGCAAAAGGAUAGUUUAUGAGUUUUAUCAAAAUCUUAAAUUAGAGAUAGAUAAAUUUAAUCACAUUUUAAAUGAUCAGCCAUCUGUUAAACAUAUUUCUCAUUUAAACAUUGAAGCAUCAAUAAAAAAAGAACUAGAAAAUACUGUAAUGGAAUUUGAAAAUAAACGAAUUAAUUCUCCUAAUCCAUUUCCUAUUUUAGUUGAAUUGAAAACAUUUAUCAAUCAACUUAAAUUUAAGUUAUCAAAUUAA